AUGGCGGUGCUCGGGCGUGGAGCUGGAACUGAGCUGGGGAAUGUAGGUGUGGUGCCGGUGGGAGCUGGGGAUGCGCCCAAGGACAUCAAGAUGGCAACAUAUACUCAUGGUCAGCCCAAUUCUUUUCUAGAAGAUGCAAAAUUCAGAAGGCCAGCGGUCAUUGAAAUUAUAGAAAAAAAAAUUGAAUAUCUUAGAAAAGAAAAAACUUUAAAUAUAUAUGGAUCAGUAUUCCUUGGAUCAACAGCUGGUUUUUCUGGAAUACUGGCAAACUUCAUUUUCAGAUACUGCUUCAAGGUUAAGCAUGAUGCUUUGAAGACGUAUACAUCAUUGACUGCACUUCCAUUUUUAUCUACUGUAGUUACUUACAAACUCUUUGUAACGGAUGCUUUGUAUUCAGGUAAUAUAAGCCGGGAGAAUUGUGUUGUGAGAAGCUCACUGAUUGGCUUAGUGUGCGGUGUUUUAUAUCCCAGUGCUUUGGCUUUUUCUAAAAAUGGACGUCUGGCAGUCAAAUAUCAUACUGUUCCACUUCCACCAAAAGGACGGGUUUUACUCCAUUGGCUGCUGCUUUGUCAAACGGAGGUGAAAGCAAUGGCAAUUCCUCUUGUCUUUCAAAUGAUCAUUGGAAGCUUUACUGGUCUGCAGCAUUAUGCAGUAUUUGAAAGUACUCUGGAGAAGACUGUGCUUGAAGAAUGA